GAGAUGGCUAACACUGCUGCUGGCAUAGACCCGGCGCUGUCCGGCUCCCAUGCUGGAGCGGAAGAUGAUGAACCAGGUCUUCCAGUAUGCUCCGCGCACUGCCUUUCUCAUAUAAAUUAUAUAGGAAGUCCAGUCUCUGACGCAUUAAGUAGCCCGAGGAUUUCCAAUCCUACCUCCGUAACCCGAAGAAACGGGUACGAGCGAAGCGCCAUCACCACGCCGAAGCCGUCAGUGAGGACAAUGCUCGCGUUGCGAAGCUGUCCAGAUCAACGAGGUGGAACCAUUUCUUUUUCCACAGCUGUUUUGAGGAAAACAAAUUGAUCCAGAAUGUGUACGGAUCUGUGACGGCGGACGACGUCGAGUGGCGAGAAGCGCAUGACUUUAUUCAUGCCUGGUCCAAAGGCUUCAAGUUUGAGACUAUCAGGAACAUGAAGGCUAGCUAUACGUCUUACUAUGUUGUUCUUUUGCUAAUUUCGCGUAGAGUUACGUUGAACGGCUCAUCGAAGAGGAUACAGUCGCUGCAUCAAUUGCAGUAGAUAAAUUUACCAAAUUUAUCGAGUCGGAGUCGGUUUUUUC